AUGGAGAAGACAGUCAGUUACAUCGGCAGCUACCUCAAGAUGCAUUCUUCAUACAUUUGCUCUGUGGUUCUGGUCGCGAUCUGCUUUCUAAGGGCCAACGUCAACGGCGACUGCUGCACAUCGUUCUUGGACCUGACCUACAAGGUUAAGGACGCCUCCUGCGGUGCCGUUGGAGGUCAUGGUUCCUCAGACAGGUGCUCCAUUACCAUCUGCGCCAACGGUGCCGGAUUGGUAGGAACCUGGUGCGGCCAAGGGCCCUGUAAUCCCUUUGGAUGCAACUGCGAUGGUGGUUGCUUGAAGGGCGAUUGGUCAAAGACCUUUCUGGAGAGGAACAAGAAGCACACCAUCGAGAUAUUGGAGGAAAAGUGGAGAACCGUGGAUCUUGGUACGGUGGUUAAGGGACUUCCAAUACCAGCUUUUAACUUUAAUAUUGGCUAA